AUGGAUGUUUAUGAAUAUGAAAAGGUCGAAAAAGUGAUGGUUCAAUGAGACUCAACCCACAAAGCCAUGGCAGACCUGAGUGGCACCGGCGUGUUAUCCUUCCACUGCCACGAGCGGGAGGUCUUCGCUGCUCUGUUAAACCAGCCUCACGCAGUGCCCUCCACUCCAAGAGCCAGGGGACCUACAGCCUUCGCUGAAGUCUCAUGGCUCACUCGAGGCUUGAAACGGGCAGGCCAGAAACUAGCCACAUCAGGCCAGACUCGGCAGGUUAAGUCCACGUUCCAUUACUUAAUGCCCCCACUUGGGUCAUAGGCUUGCGUUACCAAACCCGGCAGGCACACAACCUUCCCACGCUUUUUUAAAGCUUUAAAUCAAUAUAUUUCUUUUCU